GCGGGGCCAACGUGCGGACGGUGAAGGAGCAGCGGCGGCGACACGUGGUUCCAAGACCAUUGAGUGGUGGCGGUGUGAGGAAAGGAUGCCGGGUGUACCUGAAGCAGACAAUCUCACUGUGUCAGUGCCUGAAGGCUCGGCCUCCAGGUGGCUGCUCCAUGGCAUCUCCUGCACAACGAGGUCCCUCCAUCAGAGCCCGGAGUGCCGAAACGCCAGGCGCAAGAAGAAACUCUGCCGGCGGUACCAACGGUUUUUGGAAAAGAAGGCAUUCCUGGAAAGAAGGGGGCUACUGAAACGACGUCGGGUGAGGGAGAAGAUCGGGCCGGGUGGCAGCUCCCCCCCGCAGAGCACUGAGCUCCCGAGUGGUGCCAACGUGAAUAGUAAUUGCUGCGCCUCGUCUGGUGCCUGGCAAACCAUGUCCAAAAGUGAGCAAACCAAACCCAGCAAGAGAGGACCCCUGGUAUGCGGGGUGAUCCCGCUUGCUCGGGCGAGUCUCGGCAGGCCGCCGGGCACCAUGGCUGCCCGCAGUGCGAAGCUGGGGGGCUUCUGCUGCAGCGCCGCUAAGUGCGUGGCCAUCGACUGUGAGAUGGUGGGUACCGGCCCUCACGGGGGGCUGGGGGAGCUAGCCAGGUGCAGCAUCGUCAGCUAUCAGGGCCACGUCAUCUACGAUAAGUACGUGAAGCCGGAAGGUGACAUCACCGACUACCGGACACGGUGGAGUGGCAUCCGCGAGCAACAUAUGGCCACUGCAACAGAGUUUAAUGUUGCACAGACGGAGAUCAUAAAGAUCCUUGAAGGUAAAGUUGUGGUCGGCCACGCGUUGCACAAUGACUUUAAAGUUCUGAAGUAUUCUCAUCCGAGAUCUCUCACGAGAGAUACGAGUAAGAUGCCAUUCCUGAAGAAGGUGGCAGGUUUUCCAUUAAGAGAGUCUGUGUCCCUGAAGAAUCUCGCAAAGCAGCUCCUGCGCCAAUCCAUACAGGUUGGCAGUGACGGCCACUGCUCGGUUGAGGACGCCUGCACCGCCAUGCAGCUGUACCGACUGGUGGAGGUUGAGUGGGAGCAGCAACUGCACAGUGAGUUAUCGACGGCACACGAUCAUACGACGGCUGACACAGCCACUGAAGUCAGUCACUACAUGGAUGACCAGUACUGGCCAGCUGAACUAAAUGACUGGGGACCGUUAUCCUCAGGAUGAAGACUCGCCAGCGGAGAUGAACAUUUAUGGUGCUGACGAACUAUAGCAAUUCAAAUUCAAAUUCACUUGCCUGUUAGAGGAGAUUUGUUUUUCUCUCUGAUUCACCUGUUCUCAGUCCUUCCUCCUGCCCAGCAAAUUGGUGCUUAAUCCCUCUCGCCAGUAGAAUUUACCUGUUAGGAUGCAGGAGUUCAGGGUUAAUGUUGAGGGACUAUCUCGGUCCAAGUUGAACAGAGAGUCCCCCUCUACUACAAUUUGCUAUACUACCACAACAUUUAUCCUGCCACUGAGGCGUCCAGAAUGAGUUACGAGGAAUGCUGUUUUGUGCACUGGAUUCAUUGUGAGGCCUGGAUGAAAAUUCGCCCCCAAUGCAAUCACAAUGCAGCGGACCCUGAGCCUAAGGGUGGAAAAUUAUGCCAGAGUCGUUUUUUAAUGUGGCGUUGCUGGUGUUGUUCUGUGUUAGGGGCUGCGGCAAAUAGAUGGAGUACAGGGGAGCCAGAUUUAUACUUUUGUACUUCCUCUUGCAAUGUUUAUCUUCAACAUUUCUGCACCCAACCCCCACCUGUGGUACUGGUCCACUGAUGCCAAAUGUCCCCAUUCCCAAAUGCUGGCUGUGACCCUGGAGAGCAUCGGGCUGUGCAGCCUAGGGUUUGCUCCUCUGUGUCCUCAUUCCAGCUCGCUGUCUGGUUCUGAGACAUUGAGUUUGAUGUUUAAACUAGCAUCACCCUCGACGGCUUAAAAGCAAAGAUGCGAACUUGCAAUGAGUUAUAACUCACGUGGUCUGUGUUACUCUACUAACCGAAUGAUGCAGCCUUGUUAUUCUUCACAUGGCCCGUCUUGCAAAUGGGUGCUAGAGAGAGUAGAAUGUGAGUUUCUCAUCUUCCUUCUUCCUUUGUUCACUGUAGUUUAAAGAUGGAAACAGACCCUUCGGCCCAAUAAGUCCGUGCUGACCAUUGAUCACCCGUUCACACUAGUUCUAUGUUAUCCCACUUUCUCAUCCACUCGUUCCAU